GGAAGGACUAUACAUUCGCGCCAGUCUGUCGCGAUGAUAACAAAUCGGCCACAAUAAGUUCGUAGUGAGGUGUUGUUGAAGCUAGUCGUACCCCUGCGCUAAUCUCGGGAGAUCUACCACCAUCGCCGCGCUAGGAAUCUGCAUGACGCUGACAACUAUUGCACACUUUCCUCCAGCUCCAGUUCACAUGUAUACUCUGCAAUUCAUAACAGGAGCUGAAUAUCAAAAUGGCAAAACCUCGAGUCAUAUAUUGGUUCCGAACCGAUUUGCGGCUGCGCGAUUCUCCUGCUCUGCAAGCUGCUCUGGACUUAAAUCCCGAGGCUUUCUGGCCGGUCUGGACUUGGGAUCCCCAUUACGUCUACAGAGCUAGAGUUGGAGUAAACAGAUGGCAAUUUCUAAUAGACUGUCAAAAUGAUGUUUCGAAGUCAAUCACUAAGAUCAACAAAAGGUCAAAACUGUUUCUUAUGCGAGAAGCUCCUCAAACACUUUUCCCAAAACUGUUCAAAGCAUGGAAGAUAACCCACUUAGUUUUCGAAAAGGACACUGAUGCAUACGCGCGAGAUCGAGAUACGGAGGUCAUGAAAAUAGCAAGAGAAGCUGGAGUCGAGGUUAUUGUCCGUUCAGGUCGUACACUUUGGGAUAGUGAUCAGUUGGUUGAGAAGAAUCAUGGCAAGCCGACAAUGAGCAUAAGCCAAGUUCAAGCUGCCGGACCCAAGAUUGGAAAUAUUCCACGACCCAUACCAGCUCCGAAAUCUAUACCUGAUCCUGGCGAAACCAACCUAGAUUUCGAGCAAGAGCAACCUGAGACUGCCCCAGACUUAAAUAGCGGAACGAGAAAGCAUGGAGAUAAGUCCUACGAGAAGAUAUCUGGACCAAACGGCGAUUUUAGCGUACCAACACUAGAAGAACUUGGAUUUCCAGCAUCCACAAGCCUUCAUAGAGGCGGAGAGAAAAUCGCCUUGGAAAUGCUAGACAAGAUCAUCGCUGACGAGAAAUACACCGCAACCUUCGAGAAGCCUAAUACAGCACCCACAGAUUUCGAACCUCAAGCCACGACCCUGCUCUCACCACACCUUCACUUCGGCAGUCUCAGCAUCCGAGAGUUCUACUGGCGCGUCCAAGACGUCGUGGACAACUACUCCGGGAAAGCCUCUCAACCCCCCGUCUCCCUCACAGGACAACUACUGUUCCGCGACAUGUAUUUCGGGGCCCAAGCCUCACUUGGCUACUCCUUCGGCCAGACUCUCUACAACUCCCACUGCAGGUUCAUCCCCUGGCACUUGCCCUCCAAAGUAGACCACGAAACCAAACUCGUCACAGGAGAAUACCACAUCGACUCCCCUCUCGCCGAGCAGUGGUUCCAGCGCUGGAAAUACGGCCGAACAGGCUUCCCCUGGAUCGACGCCCUAAUGCGCCAACUGCGUACCGAAGGUUGGAUCCACCAUCUCGGCCGGCACGCCGUAGCCUGUUUCCUGACUCGAGGCGGCUGCUACAUAAGCUGGGAACGCGGAGCAGAAGUUUUCGAAGAGUGGUUGUUGGACCAUGAAACUGCUUGUAAUGCAGGGAACUGGCAAUGGUUGAGCUGUACGGCUUUCUAUGCCCAAUUCUAUAGGUGUUAUAGUCCGGUUGCGUUCCCGCAGAAGUGGGAUAAGGAGGGGUUGUUUGUGAGGAGGUAUUGUCCUGAGUUGAAGGGGUUGGAUAAAAAGUAUAUAUAUGAGCCAUGGAAGGCGCCGAUUCAGGAUCAGAAGAAGGCGGGUGUGAGGAUACAAGGAGAUGGGGAAGAGGAACAAGAGGGAGUGUAUCCGAAACCUAUGUUUGACUUUGCGGAAAGAAGGACGAUUUGUCUUGAUGGAAUGAAAAAGGCAUACGGGGUCGGGCUGUAUGGUGAUGAUCCAAAGGUGAUCGAUGGGACUUGGAGAAAAUUGUUUGAUGAUGCCGCCGAGGGACCAACAGAAGGCAAUACCUUUGAAGACGCGAUGGCACAUGACGCUGACGAAGGCGAGAAAGUCAGAGAUGGCCUCGAAGGCGGAGAUGACAAUGAUGGAGCUAUUCAGGAGGAUGAAACCGGUGCUAAGGAGAAGGGAGGAGAAAUAAAAGGCGGCGAUGCUAAGAAAGGAAAGAAGAGAAAAGGAGGCCAGGGAACCCUGGAUGCUCAUGUGAAAAAGUCGAAGAAGUGAGAAUGUCCUUCCACUAGGCAGGUAUGAAGAAACAGAAGGGCAGUAGUAUCUACUACAAAUACAGAAAUCAACAAGCAAACGAGAUGAUCGUGAAUUGAUACUACAGACGAAAAAAUGAUGGACGCUGCCACUCCGGUCUGAUUCUACACCCAUCACCAAUCUAUUCCAGAUUACCCAAACGCCACUCGCAAUGAAUACCACCCGAUGCCUAAGCCUUGGCCUAUUCUAACAAGUAUCCUUGUUUAGUCAUCCCAUUCCUCAUCAAGCUGGUCAAUGAGACGAUUCUCAUCUUCAUUUCGACCAUUUCGACCACGGCCAUUGCUGCCACUGUUGACGUUCAAUGCGCUGUAGCCUCUUCUACUUGGCAUGAAGCGAGCACAUGACGAAGUAGCUAUGAUGAAGAUAUC